AUGAACGAGAAAAGCAUUUCCGAGCACAUCUUCGCUGUUCCCUCAACAGCCAGCAGCAGCAGCAGCAGUGGCACCGCCAUCAGCACCACCUCCACCAACCUCCAUAAUCCCACAACCAUAACAGACAUCACCGACAUAACCACCCACCUGCACAACCUCUCCAACCUCGAGAUCCUUCCUCAGAUCCUCCGCGAGGGGAUCCUCUUCGCCGGUGCCGGCGCCGCCGUCCUCCUCCAAGCCGCCUACCCAGGCAUCAGAUCCGUCUUCCCAACCACUGAAAACGAACCCAGCAAUAGCCUCGCCCAGCUCCUCACCCAAACCCUCCAAAGCACCCUCCAGCAAAUUGCCAUCCUCGUCUUCGGCACGUCACACGAAAAAGCAAUCCUGCUCACCCAACUCCACCCUCCCACCACUACUACCACCACCUCAUCCCCGACCCUCAAAACCCCACCCCCAAAAACAACCCGCCCGCAAACCCUCCUCUGGCUAACCGCCACCCUCUACACAACAGCCAUAGACCUCUACCAACGCACCUACGGCCCCAUCGACUACCGCACUGCCGAACGCGCCUACACGGAGUUCACGCUGGUGCUGCAGGCCCUCACCCUAGGGGAGCUGUGGCCGGCAACCCGCCGGGAAUUCUGGGCCUACUGGGACGGGCAGAUGGCGCGGUUGGCGGUGACGGCGGAUGCGCACCGGGUGGCGCGGGCGGUCCUGCACCAGAGCACCCUCGUGGCAGACCUGUGUCCCCGGUGGAUGGCGGGGGUGAUGAAGCCGGUUUUCCGGGGGGUGACGAUCGAGUUACUCCCGCCGCGGCUGCGGGAGGCGUACGGGUUGAGGUCGUCGGCGCGGACGAGGGGGUGGUAUCGGGGGCUGAUGGCGGGGUUUGGGGGCGCGGUGUACCCUGCGUUGCCGGGGUGGGUGCGGGGGUAUCCUUUACGGGCUUGUUUGGGGGAGCGGAGGGGCGGGAGGGAGGGGGGAGGGGUUGUGGGGUGA